UCUGUCAAGCUCACAUUUUAGAGGAACACACGAAUCGAAUAUAUUGUGAAAAUUUCUUCAAAAAAAUAUUUAAAAAUGGCAAGUCGUGGCAGUAUAUCUGAUAAUUUCCAGAAAUAUCAUCUCGACCUUUAUUCUCAAGCACAAUUUUGUGGCGUUUUGUGUUGUUUUGUGCUGUUCUGUUUCGUUUCUCCAUGUAAUUUUCUUAUUUUUUGAUAGACGAAAUGGUUUCGGGUGGAGAUAAACUACCUAUAAAGACAGAACUAGAUGAAAUUGAGGAAUUUCAUAUAAAAUCCGAAGUGGGUAGAUCGCAUGUGGUCAAGGGAAUUUCUUCUCUAACUGAGGUUAAUAACUGGAUAACUGCUCUUUACGAGCAAAUUCUGACGAGACUAAGCGAUAUGAGAAGCAAUCAACGUAAUGUUCGACUGCUUGCUUGCAGCAGACAGUGUAACAAUAUUAUAGACUCAAUGUUGAAGAAGAUUGACGACUACGAAGCCAAUUUUGGGUACAGCCAAGAUAACACUCGCCAACAACCAAUGGCAAUAGGAUCAUUAGCAUGGUACGAAAUGUUUGUGGGCUUACUGCUUGAGCACGGAAGAAUUUUAAUUGAAGAAACUAACGCAAAUGUUCUCGACGGCAAUGCAGUCUCACGCCAAUUCAUUCGGAACUUGAAUUUAUUGGAUAAGUUCAGAGCAAAGGGCAGAUCACGUUUUCCCAACGAUGUAUAGAAUUUCGAUUCGAAUAAAUGUGAAAAAGAAUUUUCUUUAAAAA